AUGCUCUACGCAACGGCCUCAAAACGCACCUCCCGCCGUCCCUCUGUGGCAGAGAGCGAGUUGAUUCUGAGUCUACAGGAAGGCAUGCGAGGAUUGGAGCAAGAGCUCGGUGAGGACGAUCUCCAGCACUUUACGCAGCAUGUGGACGUGGGGAUUGAAGCGCAGGGACGCCUGCAGGUGCGUUUAGGCGCCUUGAACCCCUUGAAACUCAUCUCGGGCGUAGAACUGCACGACACCACCACAGCCUUGGGCCUCACUUCAUACACCAUCGAGGACAUGAAUCAGAUGCUCAACACUCUGGCAGAUUUCAUCGCGUUGACGUUCGAACAAGAAUCGUCUCUGCCGACAGCCAAGGAGAAACUCAUCUCUCGCGGUCGAAGCGGAGCCGGAGCCUUCUUCGGCAAAGAGACGAGAGGCCCACAGAAUGGGACGCCCAAGUGGCAGUGGCCGAGCCCCCAGCCCUCGCGGCGCAUCUCGCAGAUGGGGCGAGGUAGCAUUCAACUCACGGAGCCCAGCUGUAGCUGGAACGUCGUGCCGUUUCGCGCCUUGGUGGAGGCCUUUUCCAUGGACGAACAGGAAGUGAACAAGCGGAUCUUCACUUCGCCAAAGUUGAUGGUGCAAUUCCAGGCGGUGAAGGAAAUCCUGCUGGCCGGCGACACCAACCGAUUGGUGGCCGAACUCACCUUUGUUCGCAUCAAUGACCUGGCAGCUCCCCCGGACAAGUUGGAUGUCCUGGCCUACAUGGAGCCGGUGGUGUUCUUCAUGAUCUUGGCGAAUGCCUUCAUGAUUGGCAUCCAGAGUGACCCCAAUAAUUAUGGCUGGCCCGGCUGGUGGUGGUUUGAGAUGGCCUUUGCUAUUUUCUUGGUUCUUGAGUUCUUCCUCCGUGUCCUCGUAUCUGGAUGCUAUGAGCACUUCCGCGGAGACGAAAGAUGGUGGAACUUUUUUGACAUGUUUUUCAUGGGCGCGGCCGUCUCCGACCUUAUGUUGGAGCUUGUGGGUGGUGAAGACUCCACAGUGGCCAUCUCCACUUUGUUGCGCAUGUCUCGGCUGGUGCGGGUGACGCGCAUCAUGAAGGUCUUCAGAUUUCAUUGGAUGAAAGAACUGCGUUUGAUGCUCAAAGGACUCAUUGGUGGUUUUCGGACCCUGGUUACUGCCAUGCUCUUGCUUUUUGCAGUACUUUAUGUUAUUGCGGGCUUGGCCACGUAUCUCUUGGGUCGAGAUCAACGAAUACGAGACUUGGGUUUAGAAUCGCUCUUCUACAACCUGCCCAUAUCCAUGUUCACCACUUUCCGGUGCUUGGCGGGGCAAUGUGACGCAGAUUCAGGCGCUCCCUUGCCCUCCAUUUUGGCAACAGAGUUUGGCACGCCCUUCGUGCUGGGCUAUGUGGUCAGCUACAUGUUGGUGACCAUGGGCAUCUCCAACGUCAUUCUGGCCGUCUAUGUGGACAUCACCAUGCGUGCUGCAAAGGAAAGUGAGGCGACCACCGCCGAGCAGCAUGCACGGGAGUCCUUGCGCAUCGCACGCACGACACGAGAGUUGCUGAAGAAGUUCGCAUCUGCGGAGAAAAUCUUCAGCAGCUACGAUGCCACCGAGACUGCCCAGACCAUGGACCUGACGCCUGCUUCAGCGCACUUCACAGAUCAGGUGCUGCACGGUCGUUUGGAGAUCAGCAAGGAGCUCUUCCUUUUAGUCAUUCAAGAUCCCGUCGUCCAGUCGCUGAUGGACGACCUCGACCUACCACCGGAUCGCGCCAACCUCUUUGAGGUUAUUGACGCUGAUGGCAGUGGCACUCUCAAGGUCUCUGAGCUCGUACAAGGCACAACGGGCAGCAAGACACCGCGCUUGCUGAAGGUGCGCGGGGAGCUCAAGAAGAGCGACGUGGUGGCCACCAGCUUGGCCAUCCAAUCCCUGCAGGAACUGAUCCUGGCGACUCGACGGAUCACUUAA